UGUGGCUGUAGUAUCUUGUGGUUACGCGUGGGGCACCAGAUCCGAGCUCGGAGCUGACAGCAGACUCUGUUUUGCCAUUUCUCCUUCCGUUGCGGUUCUUUCACGGAGUAGGGUUUCUCUACUAUCAUUUUCCAUCUCUUUGAAGUUUGAACCAGAGGAUCAGGAAACCAUCCGAUCUCUCUCUAUCUCUCUCUCUCUCUCCUUUCCAAAUUAGACAACCAGAAUCAGCUCACCCGUUAUCCUGUCUCUUAACCUAGAUCAAAGGGUUUUGCUCAAUUUGAAUAGAAGAUGGGAGCCUUUAUAUCAAGAUUAUGGUUCAUGUUGUUUCCAGCGAAGGAAUAUAAGAUAGUGGUCGUUGGAUUGGACAAUGCCGGAAAGACAACCACGCUUUAUAAGUUACACUUGGGAGAGGUUGUCACUACACAUCCCACCGUUGGGAGCAAUGUCGAAGAAAUUGUAUACAAGAACAUUCGGUUUGAGGUGUGGGAUCUUGGUGGACAAGAACGACUAAGGAAAUCGUGGGCAACAUAUUACAGCGGCACUAAUGCCAUCAUUGUGGUGAUAGACAGCACUGACAGAGCAAGGAUCAGCAUUAUCAAGGAUGAAUUAUUCAGGUUGCUACAACAUGAAGAUCUUGAGCAUGCUGUCGUACUUGUAUUUGCAAACAAACAGGAUCUCAAGGAUGCCAUGCCCCCAGCUGAGAUCACAGAUGUACUUUCACUCCACAGCAUCAAGAAUCAUGAUUGGCACAUCCAAGCAUGCUGUGCCCUCACAGGAGAAGGAUUAUAUGACGGUUUGGGGUGGAUAGCCCAGCGAGUGACUGGGAAAGCUACCAGUUAGAAGAAUCGGGAUGCUUUUCUGUUGGCACAUUGAUACUUCCAUUAAUGGGUUUUGUUGGAAGGGUGAGAACUGAAAAGAGAAGCUUCUCUAUUUCUACCAACAAGUACCAUCCAUAUUUGGCUUUGCCAGAGUAGAUUGACAAAUUGUAUUAUCAUUUUGAUUUGCCUAAAAAACAAAUUGUUUUUGUGCACAAUCGAGCAUUUCUAUUUCAUCUAAGAUUUUUUUAAAAAUAA